AUGAAAUAUGACACAUGGAAACCUGUUGAACCUUCUACCGACAGUUCCUUAUACCCUACAGCCCAGAUACAAAUAGGCUUCCUGCCUCGAUACCUGUUAGAUUACCGGCUCGACAUCGUGGAUUCAAGCAACCUGUCACAGGAUGAUGCUACAUUUGCAAGAGAAAUUGAACGAUAUAAACAAAGGUUGUUCGAGACCGCCUUCAAACUCAGGAGUAUAUCCCUGUAUAAAGACCAUGGAGUUGAUUCUCUAGAUCCCGCAAGCUUGCAGGGCGAAUAUGAGAGGUCAAUGAUGCAUUUUGCAACUCACAUGGCAGUCAAGCGAACUAUCUCGACUUGGAAUAAAAGAGCUAGACAAGCCAGUAUCUCACUUGCGAUGUCAUGUUCGAGAAUCGAAAUUCCUGAACCACUAGAGGGAACUUUUUCGGAUUUGAGUUGCUGUCCUGACAAUGGUACUGACGAGCUUGCUUUGACGUACUACAGUACGAACUACAAGAUGAUGAGAACUGGUGCUUCUACUGAGGACAAAAAUUUCCUGGAAGCUUCUAAAGAGCCUUGGGAACGGAUUAUCGCAAGGAUAAAGAGUGGACAGACCAUCACUGAGUCAGAGGAAGCAGAAGUUAGAAAUCUCGUUGGAGGAUCGGAGAACGAAUGA